AUGGCUCUGCGCAAGAUCGGCUUCGUGGGCCUCGGCAACAUGGGCUACGGCAUGGCGCGCAACGUGGCCAGGACCGCGCUCGUGUCCGCCUUCGACGGCGACGUCGCCAUCGGCCCGAAGCUCGCGGCGGAGGUCGGCCAGGUCGAGGCCGCGGCGGACGUCGCCGGCGCCGCGCGCGGCGCCGACGCCGUCGUGACGUCGCUGCCGUCCAACGACGCCGUGCGCGCCGUCUACCUCGGGCCCGGCGGCGUGCUCGAGGCGCUCGCCGCGGGGAGCGCGUGCGUCGACACGUCGACGGUCGACCCGGCGGUGUCGCGCGAGGUCGCGGCGGCGGCCGCGGCGAAAAACAUCACCUUCCUCGACGCGCCCGUGAGCGGCGGCGUGCCCGCCGCGGACGCGGGCACGCUCACGUUCAUGGUCGGGGGCGACGCCGCGGACGUCGACGCCGCGCGGCCGCUCCUGGAAUCGAUGGGCGCGCGCGUGAUCCACUGCGGCGGCGUCGGCGCCGGCGGCGUCGCCAAGCUCUGCAACAAUCUGGUGCUGGCCAUCUCCAUGCUCGGCGUCUCCGAGGCGACGAACCUGGGCGACCGCCUCGGCGUCUCGCCCGCGGCGCUCAACGAGGUGUUGUCGACGUCGACGGCCCGCUGCUGGUCCUGCGACACGUACCACCCGGCGCCGGGCGUCACGGAGGCGUCGCCGGCGAACCGCGACUACGCCGGCGGCUUCGCGGCCAAGCUCAUGCGCAAGGACCUGGGCCUCGCGGCGGGCGCCGCCGCGCCCGUCGCCGCGGAGAUCCCCCUCGGCUCCGCGGCGCUGGCCUUCUACGACGCGCUCUGCGAGGGCGGCUACGCCGACAAGGACUUCUCCGUGGCGUUCAAGUACCUGCGCGAGAAAUGA